GAGGAGGAGGAGGAGGUGAAGUUGGAGAAUCUGAGGAAGAGCAGGAGCUCUUCCUCACUCCGACCAGCAGAGCUGGAUCCGGACCACUCUGGCUCGCCCCCCUCCGGGUCCCAGCCUCACUGGUUCCACACUCUGCAGGUCCGACGGCUGCGAGUGCAGCGAGGACGCAGCAACAGUGACCCGCUGGGAGGGAACCAGGACCAGAACCACUUCACUUGGAAACCAGGUCUUCAGUUCGGGGCGUCUCAUUCGUACGUGAGUCUGGAGAAACUGGGCGAGGGAGCGUACGCGUCCGUCUACAAGGGGAUCAGCAGGAUCAACGGGCAGCUGGUAGCUCUGAAGGUGAUCCGCAUGAAGACGGAGGAAGGCCUCCCGUUCACCGCCAUCAGGGAGGCUUCUCUGCUCAAAGGUCUGAAACACGCCAACAUCGUCGUCCUCCAUGACAUCAUCCACACCAGAGAGUCACUGACCUUCGUCUUUGAAUAUGUGCAGACGGACCUGGCCCAGUACAUGAGUCAGCACCCUGGAGGACUACACUCACACAACAUCAGGAUCUUUAUGUUCCAGCUGCUGAGAGCUCUGUGCUACAUCCACAGUCGGAGGAUCCUCCACAGAGACCUGAAGCCUCAGAACCUCCUCAUCAGCUACCUGGGAGAACUCAAGAUGGCCGACUUCGGUCUGGCUCGAUCCAAGUCCAUCCCCAGUCAGACCUUCUCCUCUGAGGUGGUGACCCUGUGGUACCGCCCCCCCGACGUCCUGCUGGGAUCCACAGAUUACUCCACGGCUCUGGACAUCUGGGGAGCCGGCUGUAUCUUCAUAGAGAUGCUGCAGGGGGCGCCGGCGUUCCCGGGAGACACCGACGUGUUUGAGCAACUACGGAAGAUCUGGACGGUCCUGGGCGUCCCCUCUGAACACAGCUGGCCUGGAGUCAGCCAGCUGCCCAACUACAGACCAGAGCGAUUUGUUCGCUCCGAGCCGAAACUUUUCAGGACCGUUUGGAAAAGGUUGAACCAGCUGCCCUAUAAGACCGAGGACCUGGUCCAGAGGAUGUUAAAGGGGGUCCCUACAGACCGGAUCUCAGCACAGGACUCCCUGCAGCACCCGUACUUCAGCACGCUGCCUCCUCCCAUCAUGCACCUCAGGGACACGGUGUCCAUCUUCAAGGUCCCCGGCGUUCGUCUGGAGGCUGAAGUUCGAGACAUCUUCAACCCUGGACGGAGGGUCAAACCAGUCCCGCUGCCCUCCGCCAAGUGCUGGUGAACCCUGGAACCGACCGCCAUCAAACCGCCAUCAACCUGAGGAGACGAGCGGAGGGGAAAACAAACCCUGCAGUCAGAUUAUCUGCUAGCGUGAAGCUAACGUUAGUCUCUGGAGGCCGCUGAUGAAUAAUGACUGAAUCUUUAUUUGUUCUUGUACGGAAGCUUCCU